GCCAAGACAUCCCUUGCGCCCCGAACAAGCGCACCGGCGGCUUCGUGAUCGGCGGUGUGAUUGCGCCCAUCUUUUUCAACACCAUGGAGGACUCUGGUGCACUGCCUUUGGAGAUGGAUGUCAAAGACAUGAACAUGGGCGACCUCAUCGAUCUGUGCGUCUAUGAGCAAGUCAUCAAGAAGCAUGGCACCGACGAGGUCCUCACCAAGUUCGACCUCAAGCACGGCUUGAUGCUGGACCAGGUGCAGGCGGGCGGCCGCAUCCCUUUGAUCAUCGGCCGUGGGCUCACCAACAAGGCCCGCGAGAGCCUGAACCUGGGCAUGUCCACCACCUUCAAGCAGAUGGCCCAGCCAGAUGUCAACGUGAAGGGCUUCACGUUGGCUCAGAAGAUGGUGGGCAAGGCCUGUGGCGUUGACGGGGUUGUCCCGGGAGCCUACUGCGAGCCCCGCAUGGGAACUGUGGGCUCUCAGGACACCACUGGGCCCAUGACCCGCGAUGAGCUGAAGGAUUUGGCCUGCCUGGGAUUCCAGGCAGACCUGGUGAUGCAGUCUUUCUGCCACACCGCCGCCUACCCAAAGCCCGUGGAUGUGAUCACGCAUCGCACCCUCCCGAAGUUCAUCGCGGACCGCGGCGGUGUUGCCCUGCGCCCGGGCGAUGGCAUCAUCCACUCCUGGCUCAACCGAAUGCUGCUUCCCGAUGAGGUCGGGACAGGCGGAGACUCGCACACCCGCUUCCCCCUGGGCAUCUCCUUCCCAGCCGGAUCCGGACUCGUGGCCUUCGGCGCCGCCACUGGGGUGAUGCCCCUGAACAUGCCCGAGUCGGUCUUGGUUCGUUUCAGCGGCAAGAUGCAGCCAGGAGUGACCUUGCGUGACUUGGUCCACGCCAUCCCUUACUAUGCCAUCAAGCAG